AUGAAGCGGCAGUAUCGAAUAGCCGUUUUUGGAGCGGCAGCAUGUGGAAAGACAGCAUUUAUACGACGAUUCGUUUCCGGUGAUUACACUGAAGUCUAUGACCCAACGAUUGAGGACCGACACAAGAAGACGUUGAUGUACAACGGCAAGCCAGCGCAUCUAGAAAUACUCGACACAUCGGGAAAGGACAUCGCCGAAUGUAUCCACAAUUAA